AUGACGCCCUUCCACAUCCAUCCACAACUCUACCCCUACCUCAACAAAACGAAAAUCAAGGAUGCGCCUAUCCUCGGCAACGGUAAUAUCGUGCGCGUCAUGCAUGCUAUGCUAGAUGCAAGGUCGGUUACGAUGCAGCCCAACCCUGGGACGGGAGACCAGGCUGCCAGCAAACAAUAUAUCCGCCUGUUCAAGGUAGAGAAUGGUAGAGGUAAGACAGCAAGGGGGUAUCAAGUCCUCGUACAGCAGCCAGAGGACGACAAUGCCUGCGACCGAUACUACUAUAUGUGA